AUAUUCCUACGAGCGUCGCGACGCUCUCACCUGUUUGCCCGCCAGCCAGUCUCGCUAACGCGCGCCACAGACUCGCUGAGCUACAAGUGGUCUCAAAAGCUCAAAGUACUACGCGUUCCAUUCCCUUACAACUUUGGUUGUAACGAAACCUCCUGCCUCACUGUCGGUGAUGCGAACGAUAAAAAUGUAUAACUUGUUAUCACGAAUUCGAUGAAACUGGUAAAUUUUUCAAAAUUUCAAAAUAACUCGUUUCAUCUUCAAAAAAAAACAAAAAAAAACGCUAGAAACUAAAAACAAAACUCGUAGAACAAUCUACUCUGUCGCGAACGUUUGAAGAAAACCAAAAAGGACUCGGAUUUUAGUUCUUACUUUUUUUUUUUUUUUUUUAAUUUUCACUGUGAAGAGGAGUCGGAGACAGUCAUCCUUUGGUCGAAGAGAUGACUGGGUGGACUACGCCGUCGAUCAGGAGUUCGAGUAAAAUCGAAUAUUCACGUGACGAAACAUUGAUUUUCAACAAAAAAGAGAAGUGCGCCGCGAAUUAAUCAGUUUUAAUACCGCUAAUCAGCCCUAAAUAAUCCUCUGCGUAUACGUAACGUUGUUGAAAUUAUGUGAUAAAACGAAAAAUUAAUGUCGCACAAUAAUGCACGAUAUUGAGUGAAUCGUAGUUUUUAGUUUUUCGGUUCUUAUUUUGCACUUAUUGAAAUCGAAUCGAACAAAAAUUUUUUAUUUCCCAUUCGAAUUAUCAUUGUUGAGUGGAACGUUCUGCGGAGUGUUAAUCAAAAUAUUCUAAAAAAACAUGAUAAUAAAUUACGUACAAAAUUAUACAGGAAAAUAAGUAAAACGAACAUCUAACAGUAAGUUUCGAAAAAAAAAAAAAUAAUUGAAAAGAAACGAUUGCGAAAACGUUGUAAAGGAUUUUUUCGAAUCGACGUAAAAUAAAAGUGAUCAAAAAUAUGCCUUCGGGUGUAGGAAAUCUACGACAAUCAUUGCGUUAUCAAGAUUAAGGGGAAGAAUACGAAAAUUAGAAUUCGACGAGAAAAAUGACCAAGCUAUAAACAAAAACAAAAUUUUGAUCAGCCUAAUCGAUGUGAGGCGUAAAGAAAUUGUGAAAUAUAAAAAUUUUUACUACAUUAUAAAACGACAUCGACUGUUUACCGAGCUUUUUUUUAAUCGACAAUUUCUUAAUCGUAAAGUACAAAUUUAAUGUACAUCGAAAUAUGCCUGGAGAAUUUCGAGUGAAGAGGGAAUAAAUAGUGACGAGAAUUCGACCGGAAAUAAAGAAAUCAAAGCGGUUACGGUUAACCGGCUUUCUCCUCGGGAAUUCGUAAAAGUAAAAGUAAAUAAUAUUCUUGAAAAAUGAGCUUUUUUAGUGCGGUGCAGCAGUACGUAAGCGAAAGCGUUGCGAGCUUGAGUUUGAGCCCGAAAAGAUUCUCAUUCAGUCGCGAGGAUUCGACCCAGGGAGGUCCUGGGCGCAGCGGGUCGACCGGGAGUGUCACGUCCACCACCAAUACCAACACAAUUUCACAGCAGACGACUCCCCAUGGAUUUCCAAAGGUGGUUCCACCCCCCGGAACGGUGACGCCUCCGCACGCCCGUUCAUUAUCGACUCGUCGUCGAACUCUGGACUGUACUUCCGGUCCUGGACUAUCCGUGCAUCCGAAUUCGGUAGGCGGCAACGUUUCCCCACGGAGAGUUGGAUCCUUUCGGAGGAACACCGCGCCCACGGAUCGUCCCCCGUUGAUGUUUUGUCGCAGGAGACCGUCGUGGCCGGAAGUCGAUAUUCAAGCCACAUCCGGAGUCCAAGAAACCGACGGUUCGUUUUUCGAGAGCUUUACGGCGCUGUCAUGGAAACAGGAAAACCGUCGUCUGAUGGUGCUUCCAGAGGUCGAGGGACGCGCUGAAGUUUCUCCAACCCCGCAGAGAGACCAGAGCUUAAACAACGCUCAGAACUACAGACUCAACAAGAAAGAGAUGGAACAGUUGUACAUCGAGGUCCUUUACACCAUAGCGAAUACGGUGGGAGCAAGCACGGGACAAUACGCCCACUACAAAGAAGAUCUUUACAGAUACGCCCAAGAAGCGUUCUCCGUUUCACAAGACCAGCACAGACGAUGCCUCAAUAUCGCUUCGGAGGAAAAGCCACCCAUCGUAGUCCUGAGUGUCGUGGUUAUCGAAGCGGAAGGACUCGAGGCAAAAGACGCUAAUGGAUUCAGCGACCCAUAUUGCAUGCUGGGAAUACAGCCGGGAAACGGUGGAGCUCCGCCGAGUCCUCAGCCAAAUUUGAGCUCACAUUCGCCCCACACGCCACCAGCUUCGCCGCGUCAAACCACUCGAGCUUUGUCGGACGGGGGUGACAACGAGACUUCACAUCACGAGAAACUCCGAAAACAUCACAGUUUCAGGAUAUCGUUUAAACGCAAGGAACACGGAAGCAGACGGGAGCAUCGUGAUUCUCUCGGAGGUGCUGUUCCCGCAAAGUACAUACGCGCAACGUCGGUAAAACCUCACACCCUCAGUCCACGAUGGGAGGAAAAGUUUCGUUUUUCCUGUCCUUUCAGCGAUAUCGACGACAUUAACACCGAUAUUUUACACUUGGAUAUAUGGGACCACGACGACGAAUCCUCAGUUUUUGACGCCGUGAGCAAGCUUAAUGAAGUUCGAGGUGUUAAAGGCCUUGGGAGAUUCUUCAAGCAGAUCGCACAGAGCGCGAGAUCCGGUAGCCAAGACGACUUCCUGGGCUGUGUAAACAUCCCACUUCAGGAUAUACCGAGCACCGGUCUUGACCACUGGUAUAAACUGGAGGCCAGGACGCAGCGGAGUAACAUUCAAGGUCGGAUAAGACUUAAGCUCUGGUUAUCGACUAGGGAAGAUAGGGGAACUUCGGAGGAAGACAAUUGGGGAGAACUCAGACAACAGGAGAGACUUUACACGGUUUUUCUAAAUCACGAGAUGAACAAACAAGGGAAUGACUUCCUAGGGGAACUACCGCAAACUGCACUAACUAUUUUACAUCAGCACGCCGUCCAGGGAGACGUUACCAAACUUCAACAAGCCCUUACCAGGUGGAUUGCCACUUCCAGACAACCGAGUAUCGACCCGAGAACUCUUCAUCGUUUGUUGCAGGACUUAGAUUCGCUAUGGCCAACGGACACACUUUCAAAGGACGAGGAACAAUGUCUCGCCGAUUCUUUUAACGCAUUUUUAGAAAUGGCUUUGAAUCAAGUUCGCAAACACAGAAUACUCUUCUCACCGAAUCACAGACCAGCCAUCGCGAGGCUCGACUAUCUCCUGAGGUGUCUCGGACUUCUAUCCAACAUGAAGGCUCUGAGAAAAUGUUGUCCUUUCAACAAAGAAAUCAGAGGAGAGAUAAUCCACGCUUUACGCAAGGGGACACACGAUUGGUACUCGGAGACCAAGGCCCAGACGAUGUGUUACGAUCACGAACCGGACCAGGAUUCCGAUAAAGUCCUUCAGGAUUUCACGAAUCUUGUUACCACCCUUCUGGUCGAUUUGCAGCAGGGACUUCACUGCUACAACAGUCUCUUCGAAAACACCAACGGGGUUCCUUACUUCUCGGCGGUUUACAAGCAGCUAGAAAAAUUGCUGGCGGAACACGUGGCGACACACAUGGAGAACAUAUCAGAGGUGCACAAUGAAUUGGGAGCCAGAGUGACGGCUGCCUGUCUUCAACUCCAUGGCCAAGGAAGAGAUGAGGAUUACGUUCUUCCCCCUGGCGCUGAAAUUGGGACGCCAAUUUUUGAACUUUACUUAGCCCUGCAGGAAUUCGUCAACAUGAAAGACCAUCUUCCGCAGUCCGAUCACAAGAACCUAGCGAUUUGUACUUAUUACCAAUGGUUCGAACCUGCUGUUGACAAAUGGCUUGAUUUGGCAAAGCUAAAAGCAAUGCAAAGGAUCAGAAGAGCCGCCGAUCUCGACCGCAUUUGCACCGGAGAAUUGAUCGUCAAACAUUGCACAUCGGCCGUCGACGCUACCGCCUGUUUUUAUCAGAUCAAGGAAUUCUGGAAACAACUCGCUUGGCCAGAUUUACCUGGUUCAUAUAAUUUCGUUUUGAAAAUAAUCGACGCUAUUUGUAGCGCCGCUACGUACUACGCAGAAUUAACGCAUCAAAAAUUGGCCGACAGCGGUUACUACGAGGAAUUGAUCCCUUACAAAACAACUGACGAGGUAAUCGCACAGAUGUGCGUCGCCAUAAACGGUCUCGAAUACGUCCGACGAUGGCUUCUGAGUUUGGGAGAAGAACUUAACGUUGAAGGGGUGCUUCAAUCUCUCGAGGGACAAGCGGGAGAAACGGUCAGACUUCAAUGGCGUCACGCACUCGUUUCACCUCUGGAUCAAACGCCCGGAAAAAUGCUGCUCUUCAUCAAUCAGAUAAUAUCGCGAAUAGGAGCCAAGAUGCGAGCGCCCCUCAAGAAGACCAUGUUCCAUCUGGCGUGGUCUCCAGAUUCACUUCCAACUUCGGAAGCUAUGGCUCCGCUUCUGGAGUAUCUCGAUCUACAUUUAGUGGCACUUAAUUCCGCUCUACUCGCCACCAAUUUUAACAGAGUCCUUCAGGAUGUUUGGGGCGUAGUUUUGGGUGAACUCAGUAACCAAAUGGACGGAAGUACCGGGGAUAAACCGGCUGUGUUUUACGAAAGACUUCACGAAGCCCUUGAUUUACUCGUCGAGUUCUUUUACGCCGAGGAGAAAGGACUCCCCUACGAAUAUCUGAGGUGCGAGGCUUUCCUCAACGUCGAAGAAAGACUUCAGUACCACAAAACUGAUACCGCGCUUCUGAUCGACAGAUAUUAUCAGCAGAGACUGCAGGACCAAAUAAACACGGACACGGUGAAAUACGGAGUUUUGUCCGUUAGAGCGUACUUGAAUCACGAUUCUCUUUGCGUGGAAGUUUUAAACGCCAGAGACGUGAUUCCACUCGAUCCGAACGGUUUCAGCGAUCCAUUUGUUAUCAUAGAACUUUUACCCAGACGGGUAUUUUCACACUGUGCAGAACAGCAAACAAACGUGCAAAAAAGAACCCUGAAUCCGAUGUUCGACGAGUGUUUUGAGUUUUCCGUAAGCGUCGAACAAUGUAGGAGUCCCGACGCGAUGAUUUUAUUCACGGUUAUGGAUCACGACGUUUUAACCGCGAAUGACUUCGCCGGAGAAGCUUUUCUCGGGCUGAGCAGUAUACCUGGGGUGGCAGAUUCUAACGCAAGCAUAGACAAUUUCCACGGCCUUAAGCACCAGGACCUACCUCUGAUGCAUCAGCAGAACAAAAAUCACCCGAUUCUACAAAUUCUGGAAACACGCGCUGGGGAUAAAUUGGCUUUAGACUUUGUCAAGAAACAAAAACUCCGUUUUGCAACGACGUAGUCUAAUUAAUAUUUUAAUCAUCGUUAUUGUUUAGACCGUGCGUCACAUCAGACGUUGCUUGAGAGGUAAAAGGAGACAAAAAAAAAAAUAACAAUCAACGUUAGCGAGCUAAAUUGUACCAAGAACCAAUCAAAAAUCCAUUCCAUUCGAUAAGACUAAAAAUAAAUUAAAGAAAAAAAAUUGUCCUAUUAGAUUCACGAUUUCAGGGCUAAUCGGAAAACGUACAUCGACGGCUAAGGACCAGAAGUGCGUAACAAAAAAAAAAAAAAAAGUCAUUGAAAUUAUGGUUGUUUGAACGAAACGUGAUGCGAAAAGACUUUGGAAAUCAAUUGAUUGAAAGUCCAUGAAGUGGGAGUUACACUCUUCUGAUAGUCGGCUCGAGAUACGUAUAGGGGCAAACUUACAAACUUCAAAUUUACGAUGGUAUAGGUAUAAAUAUAACUGUCGGAGAGAAUCAUUUGCCCUUUUCCUAUAAGGUCAAACAACUGCCCUAUAUAAUAUAUACAUUGUAUGUAUGUGUACUAUAGAACAUAUAUGAUACAGGAAAAUAAAUAUGUGGAAAAAGACAAAAACAAAAAAAAACAAAAAAAAAAAACUGCGUGUAAAUCGUGUAAUGGAAGAAAAUAUAUAUAAGUAUAUAUGUACAGAGGGAUUCUGGUGAAAGGGAUUGCGAUCAACGCAUGCGUCGAGAUAUUCGAAUUUCUCGUUCGAAUAUACGAGCGAACCCGAGCUGCGCCGGAGUCGGCGUAGCCACAGGCGUAGGCGUUUCGUUGCGAGGUGUCACCUUGAGGGCUUCAAAUCACAACAAGAGGCCUACGCCUGUGGCUACGCCGACUCCGGCGCAGCUCGGGUUCGCUCGUAUAUUCGAACGAGAAAUUCGAAUAUCUCGACGCAUGCGUUGAUCGCGACCACUUUCACGAGACGCUCAGGGUAUAUAUUGGUGUAAUCUGGAGAACUAUUUUUGUGGUGAUGUGAAAUAUCAGUAAAAGAAGAAAAUGAAGAGAAUAAUAUAUAUGUACUAUAAAUACAUGAAUAUACGUAUAUAUAUAUAUACGUGUAUAAAACUCGAUGUGAGGUAAUCUGAUGGUAAAUGUUUAAAUUUCUUGACGUGAGUAAGAUUUUGCUAUUUAUUUUGGAACUGAAAAAAAUUGAGAUUGCAGAAGUUCUCUAAUGUAUUAGGAUUACGUAGACUGAAAAGAUUGAAAAUCGGUAGUUAUUGUUCAUUCAUUAGGUUUGUAUAAGAUGGAAUUAUCAUCAUACCUUCGACGUCAAAUUUGAGGGGGGGAAAAAGAAACGAAGACAACCAACCAAAUUGAUGGAAAAAGGGGGAAAAAACAUUUUCUUACCAUUUAUAGAUAGCAAAUCAACUCUUGAUAGUGAAUAAUAUUUUUCUUACGUGUCAUCGGAGUAGGUACAUUCAUUUCUAUCCCGAUUAACUAUACAAUUAUACAAGCUGCACCUGCAAGGAAACGAGGGCUUGGAUUAUUCAAUAUCUAUUAGAUAUUAAUUGUGAAAUAUUUUUGUUCGCUGUCGUCAUCUCAUUGGUAAAAAAAAAGAAAAUAUGAAAAAAAAGAACAAUAAUUCGAUUAAAAUGUUGAUUGUGCCAUAAAAAUUAUGAACUCCAAAUAAUACUUGUCUGUUGAGGGAAUUAGAAAAAAAAAAACCAACAACUCCAAUAUAAAGAAAAACAUUCAAAUAUAUAUUUACGAGAACAAAUUUUAAUUGGUUAUUGUUGUAAUAAAGUUUAUAAAUAUGAUAAUGUCGAUUAUUUAUGAUGCUGGCGUUUUAACUAUCAUCUGUACGAUGUGUUGUUGUUAUUGUAAUUAUUAUGAUUAUAUCGAUUGUUUUCAUUAAAAUAUUUAUGUACGCUCUUCGUUACACAAAUACACAUAUACGUAUGGGGCAUUCCAUGCCAAUUCGAUCCAAAUACGACUCUCGAUCUCUUGAAUUAUAGGAUCCAGAUUGAAUUAGCAUUGAAUGCCAAUUAUAAGUAUACUGUACAAUUCAUAAAAAUUGAUCAACUCAAAAAAGAUAAAAGAGAAAGAAGAAAACGUAAUAUAAGCGGACAAAAAAAAACCGCACACGAUAUCUACGUACUUAUAUAAGAUAUAAAAUAAAAAAAAAAACUCACGUACGGUUCACACACACAACUUCUCGAUAAGCGCACAUGUCAAUUUUUCUAUGAUAAAAACUACUAAUAUAUAUAUUUACGCACCGUCGCGUCUCACUUGCCUUAUUUUAACGUCUAUAAAAAAAAGUCUAAGUAAAAAAAAAAUAUCAAAAAAAAGAAAACUCUAAAU